ACGUGUGCACGGACCCGCGUCAAACGUGCGACCUCAACACGGCCUGUGCGCUGGACGCCGCCCAACUGCCCACUGGCAUGAAAUCGUUUUGUGCGCUCAGCACGACGGUGUCGCCUUGCAAGCAGUGCACGGGGUCUGGGCAGAACUGUUUCAACGCGCCUGAAUGCCAAGACUCGAUGUUUCUGUGCAACUACCUCACGGCUGCCCAAAAAGCGGCCCUGGCUCCGGCCCACCCGUGUUUGAAUGUGCCGUGCCAAUUGAACACCAACAGCCCCUCGUGCACCAACUCGGUGUACCAGUAUUGCUGUGUCCCUGGGUCCCCCAACUGCACCAACGCUGCACCCACGCCGUGUACCCCCAGCGGGUGCAGCUCGUUCAUGACGGGCACUUCCGCGACGGUCGAGUACACCAAAGUCGCGUGUCCGUUUGGCGACAGCGCGUUCACGUGCACGCACCCCGAGUGCAACAACACGUACAUCUACCAAGAUAUUGUCAACACGUUCGCCGCCAACCAGGGGUGCUCGGGAGACCAAUGCAUUACAAACUAUCUUCCGUCCGUGUGCAAACUUGGAGCGAACGUGACCAACACUUCGAGUGCCAACAAGCUCGCGUGCACCAACCGCAUCGUGUCGUUUUGUGCGUCCAACCCCACCGACCCUGGUUGUGGCGCCCUGUGCCCUUAUGCGUGCACGUCGCAGCCGAACUGCCCUUGUCGCAGCGACGCUUGUGCGGCCGUGUACAAGGCCCCCCUUUGCGUCCGCACGGCGGGGGCCUGCGCCUCAUUCAAAGCGUCGUUGAAAUCGGAACUGUUCCGCCAACGCUUUUUCCAGCCCAAGUCCGCCAACCUCGCGUACGCCAAGAACAACGCCGGCCCCCCCUCCGGUCCCUUCGUCUGGUCACAAGCGCUUACGGACGCCAAGGCUAGCUGCAACGCCAUUGUGCCGCAGUUGGGAGACAACCUCGCCACGUGUGUGCAAACGUCCUUUGCCUUUUGCAACGCCAACCCUUGGCAAACUGGGUGUCAAAAUGAUCUGAGUACUUGUGGCGAUGGGUUCGUGUCAUGGAUGGAGUCGUGCGACGAAGGCAAUCUCACAGCGUCGGGGGGAUGUGACGCCACCUGUCGCACGGCCCCUCGUUGGGAAUGCUACCAGCAAGGCACGCCGUGCAAGCGGUGCAUCCACGCAACAGGAUACAAAGUUGACGGUGUCAACCCUGCGUCCAUGU